CAGUCGUCAGAAUAUUGUGCACGUAUAUAAAGCUUAUAUAAAUCGUGCCACCGACGUUGUUGGGCUUUCAGACGCCUGCUGUUCGAUUGUACUCUCGGUAGCACGGUGCGCACGGGUGUCUUAUAUCUGAGGCUGUGUAGUGAUAACAAAACUAAAGGGCCGUUCUUACUGGAAGUAUACUCGCGCUGGAUGUGUUUCGUGCACGUGUUCUUGCCUGACAAAGCGGAGAGCAAGGAGUGACGGAACAAAAGAGUUUAACGCAGUGAGCCUCCAGAAGUUUGUUCGAUAUAAAGCGUCGUAUAUGUGAUUUGCCGUGAACAUCCCUAGUGUGUACUACAACUGCAUCAACUCAACAUUACUGUGUCGACUCUCAACGUCGUUCGUGGCUGUACGUCAACCAAACGCUGCAUCCUUCCUCAACCUAGACACAAAGUCUUCCCAGGCAUGUCGCCAACGAGCUGGAAUGACUGGACCGCCUCCAAAUGGAUGCCAUGGUGUCUAGCCAGUGUGGCCAUUGUUUUAAUCCCAACUGCAUCCGCUAGCAUGCCGUUCGAUACGAAACCGGAAUUUAUCAAGACAUGCCGGUUCGAUCAGACAAACUUCGUGGACUGUUCGACCGAAUCCGUCCAGGGACUGUUCGACAAGCUGGUGACCGGCAUCGAAGGGCUAGAGCACGUCGGUACGAUCGAUCCGAUGAAGAUCAGCAAAAUAAGGAUACUGCAAGGUGAUGGACCGGUCAGUGUCAACGCGUCACUCUCCAAGGUGGUGGUCACCGGUUUUGCCAGCACCAAAGUCGUCCGAAACGUUGUCAGCAGUAAGGAUUUCGGCUGGGAAACGCACAUCCGGCUGCCGAAGAUGCGGCUUGAGGGCAACUAUCACAUGCAGGGUCGCAUACUGGUGAUUCCCCUGAACGGGCACGGCAAGUGUUGGUUCGAGCCAAGUGGCAUGGACAUCAUUAUGCGUACGAUGACCGAUCUGUACCAGAAGAAUGGGCACGUGUUCUACAACGUUACCGCGACGAAGGUCGAUUACACCAUAUCCGGGCUCCGACUGCACAUGGGCAACCUGUUCGAGGGUGUGAAGGUACUAGAAGACAGCACCAACCAGUACCUGAACGAUAACUGGCGCCCGGUAUCUGAGGCACUCAAGCCGAUCAUUGCUAAAACCAUCGAGGACAUACUGCUCGCGAUCAUGCAGAACAUUUUCAAUCAGAUUCCAGCGGACUACUUUGUGGCGGAUCUACCGCGCUCGUAAACUCCGUAACCCGUUGCCCACUGGUUUGCAAAUGGUGCAUGAUUUGAAGGGGUGUGUUUGUCUAUUACCCAAUUGGUGGAGCGUGCUGUAAAUAAGAUUUUACCUUGUAUAAUGCUUUUUUCUUCGCUGGAUCAUAGUUGUAAGGAAUAUUACCCUAUGCGAUUGUACUUAUCACUUUGGUAUCCGUUGGCACCCAUGGUGGCUGAAGAGGUUUUAUUUUCCUUGCAGACAUUAUACCUACGCAGCACGAGAUCUCAAACAGAUGCGAUCCAUACCGAGUAACCAAGCAAUAACUCCCUGUUCUUAGCUGCACUACAUGCCUUGUGCAGUACAGAGAAGGUGAAGUGCUAUUUGCAAGUGAGGAAUAAAGGUAUAGUUUUACUGAACAGGCAUUUGUUUACACAAGCGAAAGGCAGCUUGUGAUUCUGAUAGAAGCGAGAUUUCCCCAAUGUCUAUCUCGUAGAUAAUAAGGUAAAGAAAAUU